CUUCAAUCUUUCUGCAAGUUUUCACAAUGACGAUGAACAACCUGUCCACAUCCACCCUCGAUGGCGAAGUUCUAGCAAACAUCCGCCAGUCCAUCGCCGAAUUUCUUCAGCGUUGCGGGUUGCAAUAUAAGAAUGUCUCACUUGACGAGGCGUGGUACUCCGAAUGCUCUCAGGAGGCCAUCAAACGAGGCUAUCCGAUGGACGCCAUACUCCCAUACAUGCCUGUUGGCGUGGCCAUGGUAUCCAACGCUUAUGACCAUCUCCCGGGCCGUGCAACAAAGAUGUGGAUGUGUUUCUUCACCAUCAUAUGCGCCUGCAUGGACGACAUAAUGAUCAGCGGAGAAAAUAUAGUGCACCUGUACCGUUUCAACGAGCUGUUCGCGAACUGCCAGCCGCAGGGGCAUCCGGUUUUGAAUGCGUUUGACGGGCUCUUGCGGGAGGUCGCUUGCCACUAUUCUGCACCGGCGUCCAAUUUGAUCGUCACGUCCGCGCUCGACUUCGUGUCUUCCAUGUUACUUGACAAUGAAACCAAAGAUAUGCCAAUCUCGCCGCAGGCUCCCUCAUACCCUGAGUAUGCUAGGAUGCUAUCAGGCGUGGACUAUGCGUACGCAUACUGCGUUUUCCCUUCCACACUCCCGUUUCAGGAAUACGUUCAAUGCAUAAUGGAUGUAGCCAUGGUGAUAAACUACACAAAUGAUAUAUUGUCAUACUACAAAGAGGAGAUCUAAGGCGAUACCGCAAACUACCUGUCGCUCAUGGCAGCCUCUCGUGGUCUUAACAAACAGGACGCUCUCCGGAAACUCAUCGAGAAAACUGUACAACUACAUCACGGUAUUCUCGAAUUUCUGAGACCGCGUCCUGAGGCAUAUGACGCCUAUGUCGCAUUUUUCAAUGGGUAUUUCAAAUUCCACGCUACCUUUGGAAGGUAUAAGCUGGAGGAGAUCAUGUAGAAGAGGUCGUCUUCUUGAUGGAUACCUUUCUUAUGGUAUUUCUUAACUUUUCCUCUAUGUUGAUUACAUCUUAAAGUAGAGUGAUAGCUAUCACGUUUGUACCCU